AUGCCUUCUCCGUGGCCUACUCUGUUUAACGAUGAGAGCGACACUAGCUCACGCUUACCCGAGAUCUUCUCGAAUAACGCUUCCGACUCUGAUUCUUCCACUGCACCUAGCGUCUUCGACUUAAGCAGCGAAUCCGAAUACGAAGCUCUUCGGGAAAGCAGUCUUUUCUCAGCAGUUACUUCUCCACACUUCUCACAGUCCCCGUAA